AUGAUGAUCUUUAGCCCCGUCACUGUUGGCCAGGUUUCGUUUUUGCUUGGAGUUAUACCUCUCAUCACAGCUUGGAUUUAUUCUGAGUUCUUGGAGUACAAGAAGAAUUCACUCUCUUCAAAAUUUAGGUACUCUGAAGUAAAUUUGGUUGAAGUGGAAAAAGAGGCGGUUAAAGAGGAUGACAGAGCUGUUUUAUUGGAGGGCGGAGGUCUCCAAUCCGCCUCACCGAAAGCUCGAACUUUAUCUGCCUGGUCGCCUAUAUUCAGGUUCAUUUUGAUGGAUGAGGCCUUCUUGCUUGAAAACCGGUUGACGCUUAGAGCAAUAUCUGAAUUUAGUGUCCUUUUAGCAUACUUCUACUUAUGUGAUCGUACGGAUUUCUUCAACACAUCAACUAAGAGUUACAACCGGGAUCUUUUCAUAUUUCUUUACUUCCUUCUCAUCAUAGUUUCGGCAAUGGCUUCUUUCACGAUACAUAAUGAGAAGUCUCCAUUAACUGGGAAAUCCAUUCUUUAUCUGAAUAGGCAUCAAACUGAGGAGUGGAAAGGCUGGAUGCAGGUGUUAUUUUUGUUGUACCACUAUUUUGCUGCAACAGAAAUUUAUAAUGCAAUCCGAGUAUUUAUUGCUGCAUAUGUCUGGAUGACUGGAUUUGGAAACUUUUCUUAUUAUUAUGUUCGCAAAGAUUUCAGCCUACCAAGGUUUGCACAGAUGAUGUGGCGGCUAAAUUUCUUGGUAUUGUUUUGCUGUGUUGUCCUUAACAACAGUUACGUGCUAUACUACAUCUGUCCCAUGCACACUCUGUUCACUCUUAUGGUUUAUGGGGCACUCGGUAUUUUGAACAAACAUAAUGAGAUUGGGUCAGUGAUAGCUGUAAAAAUAAUUGGUUGUUUCUUGGUUGUUAUCUUGGUAUGGGAAAUACCUGGAGUGUUUGAAUUGCUCUGGAGCCCACUCACAUUCCUUCUUGGCUACACAGAUCCUGCGAAACCAGGUUUACCCCUCUUGCAUGAAUGGCAUUUCCGCUCAGGCCUUGAUCGAUACAUAUGGAUAAUUGGAAUGAUAUAUGCUUACUAUCAUCCAACUGUUGAAAGGUGGAUGGAGAAACUGGAGGAAGCAGAAUGGAAGCGUAAAAUGUCAAUCAAAACAGCUGUUACACUGAUAACCGUAAUGGUGGGAUAUCUGUGGUUUGAGUAUAUAUACAAGAUGGACAAGCUUACUUACAAUAAAUAUCAUCCAUAUACCUCAUGGAUUCCUAUAACGGUCUACAUAAGUUUGCGCAAUGUCACACAGAAAUUCCGCAGCUACUCUUUGACCCUUUUUGCAUGGCUUGGAAAGAUAACACUGGAGACCUACAUCUUGCAAUUCCACGUCUGGUUAAGAUCUGGUCUCCCUGAUGCUCAGCCUAAGUUGUUGCUCUCUAUGAUCCCAGAAUACCCGCUAUUGAACUUCAUGCUCACUUCCGCCAUUUACGUUGCAAUCUCUUACAGGCUUUUUGACCUGACAAAUACGUUGAAAGUAGCAUUUGUACCCAGUAAAGAUAACAAGCGCCUAGUCAACAACAUAAUUACAGCCACAGCAAUAUCAUGUGGAUUAUACUUCAUCUCUUUUGUCUUCCUAAAAAUCCCCCAAAUGCUGGUGUGA